AGGGUUUCGGUGUGUUCACUAUUGUCUUUAUUUCCACAGAAACCUGAGUGCCUCAGUCAAGAUGCAAAAAGGCUUUAUUUUUUCAAUGUUAAUUUGGAACCUUUCCAUCUUUGCCUCAAGAGAAGGAGGCACAUAUCACCUUCAGUUCUCACUGGGAUGUCGCGCUGUGAUACCUUGUGAACAUAAGAGACGUGACUCAAACUCUUUCAAAUGGUUUUACAAGAAGGAUGAACACAGUGAGAAAAUCCAGAUUUUUUUUGAAGACAAGAAAGGACUACAACACCAUUAUCAAUUUCGUCCCAGAGGGCGUGUUACACAAAAUCGUUCCUUGGUCAUCAGUGAUUUUACAGAAGAUGAUCAAGGCCUGUACUGGUGUGAAAACUGUUACAAAGACAGAUGCAGUAGUGAACAGACCACCGUCAUCAAAGUGGACAAAGAAAUUCUGGAUGAAAUUCAUGAGACAGUUUACGUGACUGCAGACAACAGUUUUACACAUGUGUGUCCAGGUGAAUUUAGGAACUUUAAAUGGACUUUUGAAGCAAGUAACACAACUGCUUUCAGGAACUCAGUCAGAAGGCCGGAAACAGACUUUGUGACUUCCAGCAAGUCUAUACAUAUUAAAAAUGUAAAAGGAGCAGAUGCUGGGAAAUAUACCUGCUGGAUGAGUAGAUGUGGUGGGCACAGACAAAAGCUGCUCACAAUCAACUUGUGUGUAAUGAUGGUACACCAGAAUGGGGAUUCAUUGGUUUCAUGUGCCAUGAUAUGUGACAUGGAAUUCAGUAACAUCAAACCUAACAGCAUGUCAAACGAGGAGACAGGCACAAGAGCUCCAUCAGUGCACGUAGAUUCAUAUGAGUUUUUAAACUGCAGUACAAAGCAGAUGUUUGAUAUUUAUAAUGUAGUUCAUGCAUCAAAUGCUUCAAACAAAACAACAGGUCAUACAGAGAACAAAUAUCUGACGGCAGUUAUUUCUGGAACAUCAGUCACCCUUAUGUGCCUUAUUUUAAUGGCACUUCUAAUUUUCUGUUCCAGACCAAGACUAUGGGCAGAAUUGUCAGAUUGUUCUUUUGGCAUUGAUGGAAAGGUGGAAGAGGACACUUCAAUAGUUUAUUCAUCAGUUAUGUUCAGGAGACCUGCUAAGACAACAAAUAAUGAUCUGAAUUCUAGCGAGUGUGUGUAUAGUGAAAUAAAAGUAUAGAGAACAGGUCCCAAAUGAAGACAACCACUGUUAUUAUUGUAUGCCUGCCUGGGUUUUCUUCGGGU